GCCGUGUCUGAAGGCCGCUCACCGCCGCCGGCCGCCGUCUGUGGUUUAGUGCCUCUCGCGGUGUCUGGUCGGUGUGAAUUGUACCGCCUUCUCAGUCGGGUCAGAUCACUGCCUGCUCCCCCAGUGCCCCGGCGACCUCAUCUUGUGAUCACGUACUCCGUGACCUCGGCGUCGACAUAUUCGCGAGCACGGCGGCUGGCUUCCUGACCUCACCAGACACAGGACGGACGUGGCUGCGGCCGCAUUCCCCUCCCAGUGAGUAGCCGACGGUGCUGUGACCGACACGGAGCUAUCGGCACUGCGUGGGCGAAUCAGCGUCGACAGGGACCGGUCGUCGGUGGGCAGGACCCGGUCAGAACAGGACCAGUCAGUGGACUGAGAACAGCCAGCAGUGAACGGGACUGGUCAGCGGUGAGGAAUAUUGGUGAGCAGUGAGCGCUGAGCACGACUGAACAGUGAACAGCUGUUAGAAAACAAGACCCGGAUAUCAGUGAACCCUGAGGAGUGAGGAGCACUGAUCAGUGAUCAGUGAGCACAACCAGUCAGUGCUAGACCGGUCAAGACUCCGUGCGCGUGCAGCUCCGAGCGCCGUGCUGUCGUGUGCCGGACAGGAUCGAGGCAGCGGCUGUCGGCUCAGUCAGAUUCCUGUCUGCCCGGGACUGGCCUGACCGGUGUCCAUUCCGCAGUGCGCUCCACCUCCGCUACCGAGCGCAGCCUGAGACUCCCAUUGGGCCCGGUGCCAGGGUAGAGUGCGUGAGGCUGGGAGAGAGGGUGUGUGACGCGCCUCCCCUACCAACGGAGCGGCGAUGGCUGAGGUGAAGCCGACACCGGCGACUGACUGUCACAAGAUGCGGCUAUGGAAACACCUGUACCUGCUGCCCCUGUCGGUGUUCCUUGGCUUCAUCGUAACGUUUUUCACCACAUACACCAUUGCCGUCCAACUGGACCACGUGAAGCCGGACUUCCCUUACAUCAGCGACGGAGGCGCCUGUCCGCCAGAGUCCUGUAUAUUCGGACAGAUGCUCAACAUGACGGCAGUGCUGCUGGGCCUCACUGUGUACGUGCGGUACAGCCUGGUGGAGGACUACUACAGCUGUGGUCACAUGCGCGCCCGCUGGGAGCGCUGGCUGAACGUGGCCGGCGCCGUGUGUGGCAUGAGCGGCGCUGUGGGUAUCAGCAUCGUGGGCAACUUCCAGGUGACCAACGCGCUGGGCAUGCACCUGCUGGGCGCCAUGCUGGCCUUCUUCCUCGGCGUGUUCUACUGCUGGAUCCAGGUGCCGAUCACGUACCGUACGCGGCCGGACAUGACGCGUCCGUGGCUGACCUGGGUGCGCCUGCUCAUAGCCGUGCUAUGCUCGGUGCUCUUUAUCAGCGGCUGGGUGUGCGCCGCAGCCACGCCGGCCGAGUUCAGCCACCGACUCACCAACUCAAUCAAGGCGUGCAACGCGUCAGAGAUACCGGACAGCGAGUGGGGCAUGCCGAGCCACGGCUGGGAGUACCACGUGUGCAGCACGGCCUCCGAGUGGGCCGUCGGACUGCUCUUCUCCGUCUUCCUGCUCACGUUUGUCUACGAGUUUCGGCUGGUCACCGUCGAAAAACCCAAGGUGCACUGUGGUGUCGUCAAACCGUAUGACGAGGCUGCAGAGGCGAUGAGGGCCUAGCACAAGGGGCAGCUGCUGCGGGUGGCCAGCGUGCUGCAUCAGCGCCGCUGGGUCGGCAUCGAAUGUCUGGAGCCGCCGCCGCCUCUCCUGGCCCGCCGGAGCCGGCGAGUGCCACCCACCGUGGCGCCCGUGUCGACGGGAGCACACAGACACGCGUACUCGACCGUCAAUCAGGCCGAGGGAGGUGUCUCGUGAUAGGAAGUUGGGCGUGACGAACAGGUCUGUUGUGCCGUGGGCCGGGCAGAGGGAGGCGUGUACCUGGUGGGAGGUGGCCUCUGUCAUCUGCCUGGUGGAGAGUACCGUCGUCUCUUCAUGGGAGGUCCCGCGCUCGUUGACACGUCUGCACUACUGCUGCAGUGGGCAAGACAGGAAGCAUCUAACUGAUGAUUGGUGGUCAUGCACACGUCACCUCUACCGUUUGCAAGGCAGAAGAAGUCGUAUCCGAAAGGGAAGUACGGCGCUAACGAGCACACCCAUGCCUUACCUUUAGUCCGGCAAAGGUUUCGUUGGUUGACGAAUGUCGGCUCUGCCCUGUUGGGCGCGUCGUGAGAGCAAUUUGUCCAGUCGAGGAGGAAGUGGUUAAUCCGACCUCUCGCAAACCAGAGCCACAUAGAUUGUGCACUCUGGUGAUCGAAGAUGAACGCUCGAUCUGACAGCGUGUGCUUGAAAACGGUAGAUCAGCUGCCCACUGGAGGUAGUUCGUAGAUGGGUACGAAUCACGAUCGCCUUAGAACAAAAUACCUGCACUCUCAUUAGUUCGCUGUGUCUGAUCCAGACGCCGUUCUAGUUUUGUUAGUAUCUCCUCUUGUUGAAAUUAACACGUGUAUAUUUGUUUUAUCUAACGAUAAUACUCUUCAGUUUUGCACGAUUUGAUUAUACAAUAGCCACUAUUUGCAUCCGUGCUUUUCUAGUGUUACAAGACCAAUGCAAGUGUACUUGUUAUGUUAUUUGAUCAGCUAUAGAGUAGCUUUCUACUAGUGACUAUGCACGUUCAACGUGUUAGCUGUUGUGUGUACAUGUGUGCAUAUUUUCGGACUGUGGUAUAAGUGUUUCAUACUUAGGUGUCCCGUACCACUAAAAGUGGUUAGUUUAGCGAAACUAUCAAGUGCCUUGCGUUAUAUCUUCCGAUUGCCUUAGGGACUGUGUCCCCUGGCCUCGCCGUCCUGUCGUAGCACUGCCCAACUGAGACGAGCCCAUGUCGCCUGCCGACGUGAUUUGAAAUUAGCUCCCGUUAGAGAUUGGAGAUUGCAUACGAUGAGAUUGGCUAUCGGCUUUUUAUGGCCGAUAGCUCAGUUAAAUUCAGCUCAGUUGGUGGCUAAAUUGAGCGGAAUGUUUCAGUGUUUUUGAGACAAUUGAUAUCGGCAAGAUGUCAAAACACCAGGCAAAUGUGCAUCUUUCAGCGAUCAUAAUGCUGAGAAAACCGAAUCGUGCUUGUUAUCAAGCAGGCAAAUCGAUGUUUUAUGACAUCAUACAUGCACAUUGCACAUAAGAGUUCGUCACUUCAUCACUUAUUUUUCAUUAGCCUCAGCUUCAUAAAACGGCUAUCUUUUCUACGACAUCGAAAUAUUCCGUUUUCCAGUUCAAUAACAAAUGAACAACUGUUUCGUAGUAAGUAAAUGCCAGUAUUUAAAUCUGAAAAAAAUAACAUUGUUGAACCUUUUUUCUAAUGGGUUGGUUUUACGAGCUCCAGCGCCUUCGUGUUGCACGACUGUCGGUUUCUACCGCAACUGUUGCUUUGAAGGCGUCUGCCUACCUCAUUGACUACAGGAUUGCUGUCGCAUUGAGUACCUUCGCUUUAUUGAGAGCGAUUCAACGUCUGUUCUAAAUUAAUGUUAACCCAAUUAAAAUGUCUUCCAUGACCCAGAGUUACAAAGUAAUUCAUCGUACGUUGUAGAUACUUUCUGGUGAUAUUAGUCUGGAUAGUCGGUCGAUUUGAAAGUAUGGUACUUCGUGAAUGCUAUUUUUAAGAUAAAUGCCUUUAUUUCUGGGGAAGAAGGGUGUAGUUUUUACUAUCGUACCUGCUUGAGGGGGCUGACCGAUGAGAUUCACGGAAGCAGGCAGUUGUUUCCGCUUGUCUUUGCAGCAAACGCUCUCUGUACUGGUACCUUACUGUACCAAAACAGCGCUAAACCAUCUCUGAAAUGUCUCGAGAUUGUGCGAGUGUCCAGCUCCGCCAGUGUUUGUACCGGUUGCUUUGAGUAACACCUGUUCUUCCUUACCUGUUCUGUGGUCGAUCGAACGAUAGUGGCUUGUAGAGACCGCCUGAAGUGAGGUCUAUAGACUGCAGAAUCUCGCCGAUCGAGUGAGGGGUCCCACAGGGGUCACCCCCGGUAUGUGCCAUCCUAUUGGUGUUACAUGAGGAGAAUUGGGUUGUCUGGUGCUCGCUUUGCUUACGAACAAUUCGCUACGAUAAUGUCUGGCGAUAGAUAAGUGAUUGCUUUGUUUCAAUGAAAGCUGUAAAAUCAAAGGUGAUUCUAUUCAGCCAGGUUGUGCUUAAAUCGUGUUUAAGUCGUGCCUAAAGACAAGUGCAUGAUCAUGUUCUUAUACUUUACUUACAUACGCUGUGUUGUUUUGUACUUCUUCGUGUAUGAUGUAUUACAGAAUAUUUAACAAACCAACCUUACCAACCAAGUUAUGUUUCAUCGUUAAAACCGACCUUAUCGCAGAUAAUGUCAACCCAGCUUCAUGUGCUGUUAACCACAGAAACGACUAUCUUGAUUUCACUUGAGUUAUUUCAACCUUAUGAGGCUUUUGUAUUACAUACCUGCAAAUGCCUGUGACCGUUAAGUCCGAACAGCGGAGAUCGGAGCCUUGCCUUUCGGUGUUGAAACACAUUGACCGUCUUUGCGCUCGGUAUCCGCUGGCCGUCUCCGCUGUACGCGGCGCCCCAUCUGCCUCUGUCUGGUGCCUUGUGGUGGUCGCUCGCGCUGUGCCUUGUCCGCACCGGCAUCCAGCGUGUGUGCUCGAAGAUGCAGAGCACAGACGCGUCGCAGUGAGGCUCGCGCAGUGGGCGGAGCACCCGGCUGCGCUGUCUACUAUGACGAGCAAGGCUUUAGCCGUUUUCUUACAUGGUUGAAUACACUUGUUACCUGUUUCA